AUGUCCAUCUUUUUAUGGAGUUUAUUGAAAGAGAGGCUACCAUGCAGCUUGUUGGUAAAAAACCGCAUUCCUAAUGUUUCCCCUGAUUACCAAUUUUGUCGUGAAAGAGAGACUCUAAGGCAUGCAUUCUUUGAUUGCCCCAGAGCUUCACUGAUUUGGUUCCAUUCUCCAACGAAUCUUCGGUCUACCUUCUUGCAAGGUGCAUCAGCUAUGGAUUGUCGGGUUGAGUUGACAGAAUUUCUAUUAAAGCAUAAUGUAGGUGAGGAGCUCAUCCAAACAACGGCUUUCAUUUGCUGGGGAAUUUGGAAAUGCCGGAAUUUGCUCCUUUUUAAUGGACAACAGCAGUCCUUCCUGGAAGUUCUCUCGUUGGCCAAUUCCUUUCAAGGAAUCUUUUUAUCUAAGCUUUUGCUACUCCCGCUACGCCAUCUAUACACCUGGCUUCCACUCCUUAUGCUUGGAUCCCCUUCAGUUGCCUGUGCUCAAAGUAAAUUUUGA